UAGGUAAUCGAUACUAUUGUAGGUCUUCCCAUCUCUACCGUGCACGCCGAAAAACGGUUGGACUUGUUUUUCCAUUUUCCGGAAAGAAAAAUCCUUUAAAAGCAACCCCGUCAAAGCCAUCUGGACCAAGAUGACCGAGGAGAACAAGAACUCGCAGCUGGACGAGGUGCAGCGGCAGCUGCUGGAUCGCCUGGCCAAAGCAGACACCAGCGGAUUCAAGCAGCUCCUGGUGGGCUGUCGCAACAUAAAUUUCGUGGACGACAAUGGGAUGUCUUGCCUGGCGCACGCCAGCUUUAAGGGGAACCGCGAGGCAGUGCAGCUGCUCCUGGACAUGGGCGCCGACAUAAACCUGAACCAGCACGGCGCCGACUACACGCCUCUGCACUUUGCCGCCUUGUCCGGUAACGCACACGUGUGCCGUCAGCUCUUGGACGCCGGCAUCCGGCCGGGUGCCAUUAACAGUGUCCAGCGAACGGCCGCCCAAAUGGCAGCUUUUGUGGGAAAUUUUGCCUGCGUGGAGACCAUCAAUAAUUAUGUGACCAGCUCGAGUCUGGAGUACUACACACAGCUGCACGGUCAACAGACGGAGCCCCAGAUACCGCCCAGCUUGCUACAAUCCUUCCACGCCUUCGUCACCGAGAUCAACCUGCAUCCCGUUCGCAUUGCCUUGAAUGUCCAGUCGCUGGGACUUCUCCGAAUCCUUGGCAACCUGCGCAAGACUUUGGCGUUGAUGUGCGAAAAGGAGAUGCAAAAGUCGCACGAUACCAACGAACUGCUGGCUUUCAAGUUCCACUAUCAGGGCUGGAUUUUGGCCGAGCUUAUCCGCUGCGAGGAGCAGUUCAAGGCCCAGCACAAGGAGACGGCGGAGGCCAAUAAGAGCGACUUCCUGGAGAUGUUUGUGAAGCGGGUGCUCAAGGAGAACAAGCUGGGCCAGCUGGACUACGUGGAGUACACGCUGCGGGAGUGCGCCCGUGAGUUCCCUGUGCGCGAGUGCACCAUCUUCCGGCAGAUAGCCUUGCAGCUGGGCUCCAAGGAUGCACCGCCAGCACUGACCAUCCUGCGCAACGCCAUCAAUGGAAUGAGGGGUUUUGUGGACGAGGCCAGCUACUGCAGCACCUGCGGCGCUGAAAAGCCGGACAAGAAGUGCUCCAAGUGCAAGGCGGUGCAGUAUUGUGACCGCGAGUGCCAGCGUCUUCACUGGUUUAUGCACAAGAAGAGCUGCGCCCGCCUGCUGGCCCAGUCCCAGUCGCAGUCGCAGACCCAGCCCCAGUCCAAGGGAGCCAUCGACACUGCCGAGCUGCGCGAGGAGCUGGCCAAGCUGACGGCGUAAUAAGCCAGAGCCCUUUUUGUACCGCAACAAAUAAAUGUAAAAUACAACCAGCAGCUGAAGCGAUGCAUUUUCAUGUACUAGCAAACUAUGGUUAGUACCUGCUACUAACAUUUACCGUAAACAAAACUGCCCAAAAAGUAUAAAAGUU